AUGCAAGGUCGUGGUAAUGAUCAAGAGACGAUGAGCAGAGCCAGUGUAUGCGGUGCUCUUGGGCUCGUCUAUAGAAACGGGGGCGCGGCUACAUUGGACGAACAAUGCGUUUGGGCUAGUUUGGAAGAGAUAUUAGCUGCCAUGGGGGGACAUGAUUCUAUAUUCUCAAAGUAUCAGCUACUUGAAACGAGACGAGCGAUUCAUGAAAUAAC